AUGGCCAAUUCAAAUAUAAAGAGACCGGGUGAUCUUCCUGAACCAAAUGACAAUCCUCAUCCCUAUACAGAUUUUGAGGAUUUGGAGAUCGACAAGUAUAUCGCAACUGAUGAAAAAUCACAUAAAUUGUUUAUGGACAUCGAGAGUCAAAUCCAAGAGAAACAGGCCAAAGUAAACGAACUCUACGAAGCCGAGAGAUACGAUGAAGGCUUGGUCGUAGCCCAAGAGGCUUUAUCUCUCAUUAAAAGCCACUUCGGCGAGAACCAUCCUGUUUAUGCCUGUGGAUUAAACAACCUGGCGUUGAUGUACAAAAGCAUGGAGGAUUACGACGAGGCUGCGAUUUACUACGACAAAGCACUCCAAAUAUACGAAGAUGUGAGGUCGAUGGGUGCUGAUAAUGUUCAGACGUGCGGAAAGAACCAUAAAUCUACGCUUACCACGCUGAAGAACCUCGCAAUUCUCUACCAGGCGCGAGCAGACGCGGAGGGAGUGAGCGUCAUUUUCGAUGGUCUUGACCGAUUUGAGUACAUGCUGAAGGCAGAAGACGUUCUGCAGGAUAUUGAAGACCGAAAGAAGUCGUGA